GAAUCAAACUUAAGUUUUAAAUGAUUAUAAAGAAUUAUUCAUUUCAUUACUGAUUUACAAUAACCCUAACAAAAGACUAUUCUCUCUUAUUAGCAAGAGAGUUUUCAGUUUUUUUAACUUUUAACAAAACGUAACAUUAAAAGAUAAAAAAAUAUUUUCUGGAAAAAAAAGGUAUUUCGUAUCAACUGAUAAAAUUAUUUUAAUGAAAAUAAACUUAGACCCUCCUGCCCCCCUUGAAUACUAAUUCACAGAUUUUCCCAUUGAAGUUAACAACAACAACAACAAUCAUCUACGUUUAACUAAAUUCAUUGUAAAGAAAAUGCCCUGUUUAUGGAUUAUAUGUAACUUUUCUAUUGUAAAUAAUUCAUAUCGAACACUUCCAACAAGAAAAUAUCCUCUGUUUUUCACUCUCAGCGUUUAAUAAUUAUCAAAGUGUUUAAACACAAUUAUGACUGUUUAUUACAUACUACUGUUAAAAUGAUAAAAUUUAGUAGUAACAACUUAUAAAUACACGAUAAUAGUAUUUCCAUAAUCAAGAACAAAAUUUUAUUCAGUACACUAACACACACACACACAUAAACACGAAGAACAUAAAGAAAAAAAGGUUUCAAUUAUUGAUAACAAUUGUAAAACGUCGUUUAAUGUUUCAUGCAAUGUGUUUCUUUAAAAGAUAAUUACUAUCAAACUAUUUACGAAAAUCGAAAAAAAAGAUGGAUGAAGCAAUAAAUGAGUAAAUCUAUAGGAUAUCCUAUUGUGAUCUAAACGCAUUUAUUGAUUAAUCAUGUCCAGUUAUCGUUGGCCACCAGUUCCUACAUCUGGACUUAAAUCACGAGAUCUAACUUCCAAUUAUUCAAAUGGAUAUCAAUCAAAUAAAAACUAUGGAAGUAGUGUUUCAAGUCCAGCAGUACAGUAUAAUUCAACGAAAUCACUGGGGACAACAUCUUAUCCAAAUUUUGGCACAAGUUAUACAUCAGAUAUUUAUGGUUCUAGAAAAAAUCGUGCAAGUUCUAUAACUGGUAAAAACGAUAUUAAUGAUUAUACAUAUGGUUCUGGACGUCAUUCAAAUAGUGGAACAGAUUAUUCAUCAAAUUUUUCAAGUUUCUCAAGUGGUCGCUAUCCCAGUGGAUCUAUAUCAUCAUCACGAGAUUCUGGUUCUGUAAAGGAUUAUAAUAAUUUGUCCAAAUCAACUGGUAAUUAUCAUCGACCAUCAGUUAGUAGUUUGUCUUCUUCAAUUGUCAAAGAAGAAGAUGAAAUAGAUGAAUCAAAUAAUAAUAGUUCAACAAAAUAUAUCGUUGUUACAAGUAGAGCUACUUCCACUGAAGAAAGUUCUCAAUACAAAAAUAAAUUAACUGGUAUAUCUACGACAAAAUCAGAAAAGAUAGAAAUUAAAAUGCCUCGUCCAGUAAAUAUACAUAAUUAUACACAAACUGGUGAUGAUAUAAUUCUACCCCCGACUAAAGUUUCAUCUCCCUUACCUAAUGGAGAAAAAGUUAGUGGUCCUCGACGUAUAAACAUCGGUGGACGAUACUUAAGACAAUUAUCAGGUAAUGAAGACGAAACACAGAGUCCUAAACCUGGUCGUGGUGGAUGGAGAGAGUCUGUUUACGGUGUUGAUUACUUAAACAUGUCACGUGCACAAACUCAACCACCAUGUUCAUCAAGCCCAGCUACUAAUAAUAUUACACCUAGUGAACAAAAACGUUUAGAACGUGGAAAAAUGCUUGAAGAAGAUUGGAAAAAACAAAUUCAACUAGAAAUCGAACGUGAAAAUCGUCGUCUACGUCAGUUGGAACGUAAAGCUAAAUGGGAAAAGGACGAGAUAAAAAAUCGUGAAUUAGAAGAAGAAAUCAAGCGUAGAAAACAAAUUGCCGCAAGUUUAGCCGAAAAAGAAGCUAAUUACAAGUCAGAUUUUCAUGCACAACAAAAUAAAGACCACCAAUCUGCACAAAAAUUGCCAAUAGCUAAAAAGUUUGAGACGAUUAUCUCUCAGGACCCAAUACAAAAGGUUAAUAGUUGGCGUCAGCAGAAUUCUCUCCAAGAGGCAGAUCCCCCGCAUGCUGGUGAAAUGGAUAAUUCUCAGCUAUGGGAUAUGCCACCGAAAAGCAAUAGUUCCGAUAUUGUGAAAUUGCGAUCACAAAAUAGACAGCCAAGUGGAAAAUCUGAUGCAGUAAGAUAUUCUCGAGAUUCAGAGGCUACUUUACGCCAAGACACACUCACAUCUUCAGUUAACAGUGCACCAGUAUAUGAGAACGGGGUAGCAAAUAGACGUCGAAGUUCUGCAAUGUCAGCUUCUUACUUUUCAAAGCAUACAGACAUUGACGAUAUAUUAAAAGAAAAUGUUUCAUCGAAGCAAGACAGAAAAACAUCUAAAGAUAUGCUGAAUGAUAUUGGUAAACGAAAAGAUUACUAUGCAGAUGGAAGUGGUGACUCUGACGAUGAUCAAUGUAAAAUUGUAUAUAAAUCAUGGAAAGCUAAAGAAGCAUUUCAAAAAAUGCCAUUUGAAUUACAAAAUUUAUUAAUGAAAAGUCAUAAACGACAAAUUACUAUACCAAUGUUAUUGAAUGUUUGUCGUAAUAAAAAUCAUGAUAGAAAAUUCACAGAUUUAGAAGAGAAAAAUUUUCGUGGUUAUCGUACUGUAGAUGAAUUACUAACUGAAUCUGGAAUCGACGUUAAGAAACUCGAAGAUAGUACACUCCAGCUGUACAAGUUCGGCCAGGCACAAUCCGAGUUUGGUUCAUACCUUGAUCUUGACUCUACAUUACAGGAGCAAUGGGAAGAUCUGGAAAUAUCUGCCGAUCAGGAGAACAGUGUUGUUCUUCGAACAAAGCUCGUUGUUCGUGUUAAAGCGAUCAUUGAAAAAUUAUUAGAUGCCAAUGGUCGAGAGUUAAAACGUUCGCUCUUUUCAUUAAAACAAAUAUUUCAGGAUGACAAAGACCUUGUACAUGAAUUUGUUACACAUUCCGGUUUAGAUUGUUUAGUGAAUGUUGGCUCUAGAUCAGAUCAAAAUAUACAAAAUUAUAUUCUUCGAGCUUUGGGGCAGAUUAUGCUCUAUGUUGAUGGAAUGGCUGGAGUCAUUGAACAUCCAAAUAUUCUACGAUGGUUAUAUUCUCUGUUAACGUCUAAGUUUCGACUUGUUAUGAAGACCGCGCUCAAACUCCAACUGUUAUUUGUUGACUAUGCCGAAAUGAAUGCAAUGAUUUUUGUUAAAUCUGUAGAAGCAUAUCAUGCAAAUACGCCUACUUCUGGUCGACCUUGGUCGUACAUAAUCAAUAUACUGAAUAAUGAAGCUAGUGAUUCGGAAUUAUUGAUCUAUGCAAUGACUUUGCUAAAUAAAACAUUAAAUUCUAUACCGGAUCAGGACACAUUUUAUGAUGUCACAGACUGUCUAGAAGAAAUGGGAAUGCAGAAAAUUGUUCAAUGUCAUUUAACAAAGAAAAACUGUGAUCCAGAACUAGCUGAACAAUUAAAUUUAUACGAAGCAAGUCUACGAUAUGAGGAUGGUGAAGAUUUCGAUGAAUUACCUUUACCGGUUAGUGGUCGUGAAAGUUUACGUCAAGGUAGACGUAUGAGUAGAGUACAGUUUAUGAAAACACCUGAAGGUGAAGCACUAUUAUCAUCUAUGCAUGCUUUACCAACUAGUCAAUCAAUGGCUAGUGAAAUGGAUGGAAUGCUUGGUCGGAAAUCAAAACGUUUUCAAUCAGUAGAAAAUUUACAAAAUAGUGGAUUAUCAAAAAGUGUUAAAAAUGCAAAUUUCCAUCCGCAUACAAAACAAACUGAACAGAAACUAGUCAAUGCUUUCCUGGCUAAAGAAGGCAAACAGAAUGAAAAUUUGAGUCGAGAUGAUAAACGAAAACCUGAAAUGAAUGGUUAUAUUGAUAAUUUAACAAAAAUUCAGUUAAAUCGUCUUACAUCCAGUGAGAAUGGAGAAACAACUCAUAAACUGCCACAUUUUGAUGAGUCUUUAAUCAAUGGUCAAGUAGAUAGUCCACAUUACAAUAAUUCUGUUGAUGUUGACAACAAUGAUGCGAUGAAGACGUAUCGUAUAACACGUUCCAAAGGAAUCUCGCUGGUGUAUGAUGAAGAAUUAAGAACUAUGGAAACUGGCACGUGUGAUACUUCAAUAAGUCCCACACUCCCAUACGAAAAUGAUAAUACCUGUGAAAAUCCUGAAAAGGAGGUUGAUUUAACCCAUUUAGACGUUACAGAUACAAAUUCAACAAGUUUGUUUACACUUGAAUACAUAAACUCGACCUUUGAUAUUACCGAACAGGAUGAAAAUUUAACACCUACCGAAUUAAACUCAAGUUCAGAUCAUCAGUACUCUAUUAAAGAUGUGGUACAUUUUACUUUUAAUGAAGAAAUCACCGUAGAAUCAGAUAGAAAGUGUACCUUAGAUACACAGAAUGGAAUGAAUCAAAGUGUUGGGAAUGAAAUAUCACAAAAUUCACAUGAUGUAUCUGUAAAUAAUGGACAUGUAGAAGAAGUGAAUAACAAAGAAUUUAAUACUCAAAAAACUGAAUCUAUGGAUGAUGUGAAAGGCAAAGCUAUCGUUGUACCCGAUAGUCCAAUUGCUGGAUCAUUAAAGAAUAAAAUAGAAGCACUUAGUCGUGCAUCACAAAAACAAUCUGAACAUUCUACACCGAUUAGUCCACCAUCAGUUACAUUAUCUAAUACAACUGGAACAGUGCAUUUAUUGAAAGAAAAACAUUCAUCAUUUGAAAAUGCUGAGGAACCGGUAAAACCUCAGCUACCACGUGAACGUACUGGUAAAAUUUUGUCGGUCAAAGAUCGUUUUGAAUCAGGGAUAUCAACAAAACCACCAAGUUCUCCUGGCUCUUUAGUAUCUCCUAAAAAGGUAACUACAGAACAAACAACUACACCAGCCAGUUCAAUACUAGGAGAAUCAGAAACUAAUGUGGAAACGUUUUGGCAACGUUGUUUGGAUAAAGUUAAACGACGGCCACUUCGUCUGAAAGAUUUAGACUUUACUGAUCUUGAAGCCGAAGAACAAGAGGAUGGUAAAGAAUCACCUAGAUUGCUAGGUCCUGGACCGCCACCACCACCAUCUUUUCGAGGUGGUCUUCCUCCUCCACCCCCACCACCUGGAGGGUCUGGUGGCCUACCUCCACCCCCUCCUCCACCUCCAACUGCUUCAGGAGGUGCUCCUCCCCCACCACCACCAGCUCCUGGUGCUAGUGAAUCUUCAAGUAUACCUUCGAACCUUCCACCAGCUCCUGGUACAGAGUUGCCUAAGUCAAAGAAAACUAUUCGUCUUCAUUGGACUGAAUGGAAACCAACUGCGAAAGAUUUAAAACUGAUCGCAUCAACUAAGUCUUCAUCAUCAUGUGAUAAACCAGAUAAAGCUACGGGUAUAGGCAGUAGAUUCACUUCUGCUUUAUCGAAUAACAAAACAAAAGAAGUGAAAAGGGACGUGAAAACUAUUGCAAAUGCUACAGUUUGGUCUGAAAUUGUUCCAGUGAAAUUAGAUCCAGAUUUUUUGGAAGAAACAUUUGAAAAUCGUUCAUCUGACAUAAAAAUAAAGAAACAAGAGGUGGCUGUCAAAAAAAUUGAAGUUUUAGACAUGAAACGUUCAAAUGCAAUCAAUAUUGGUUUAAAAGUUUUGCCACCACCGCGUACAAUCAGUUCUGCAAUUUUAAAAAUGGAUCAUUCAAUUAUAAAUAGAGAGGGUAUCGAGAAACUUUUAACAACAAUGCUACCAACAGAUGAAGAAUGUGAAGCUAUAAUGAAAGCAAAAGCAGAACAAGAUGGAUUACCACUUGGACAAGCUGAACAAUUUCUUGUUACAUUGUCAGCAAUAAGUCAUUUAAAGCCACGUUUAGAACUAUGGUUAUUCAAAUUGGAUUAUGAACAGAAUGAAAAAGAAAUAGCUGAACCGUUAAAUGAUUUAAAACAGGCUGUUAUAGAACUUAUCAAUUGUAAAACUUUACGGUAUAUUCUAUCCGUUCUUUUGUCUAUUGGGAAUUUUUUAAAUGGUUCAACUGCUAGAGGGUUUACGUUGGAUUAUCUAGGUCGGUUACCUGAAGUGAAAGAUACGAAAUAUAAGAAUAGUUUGUUACAUCACGUAUGCUCUAUAGUAUUGGACCAAUUUCCUGAUAGUACGGAUUUACAUUCGGAAUUAGGAGCAUUGUGUCGCUGUCAUCGAGUUGAUUGGGAUGAGUUACCGAAACGUUUGGAGAAACUAGAAACAGAUAGUAAACGAUCUUGGGAACAUUAUCGAUUAAUAUUCAGUUCUGAAAAAGAAUCAAAUAAAAAUAUCAAGCUUUCUGACUUUCUUACCGAUGCUAUGGAACGAGUGAUUUGUUUACAGAUGGUUUAUCGGCGAAUGUCUGCCAGAUUUCGACAUACCCUGGAAUAUCUUGGUUAUAGUGCAGCUAGAGCCUCUAGUACUUCAGUUGGUUACUUUUGUCGAAUUCUAGCUGAAUUCGCUCUGGAAUACAGAACAACUCGAGAGAAAAUUAUUGAAGGACGAGAGAAAAAAGCGUUAGCACGAGAACGCAAACGAACAAGAGGAAAAUUAAUUGUAGAUCUUAACACUAUAAUGGAAUUACAAUCAGAAGUUGUUCAAGCACAAACUGUUACUGGUUUACGAAAUGCACCAAAUGAUCUAGUCCAAUCGAAAGACGAUGCAGAACUUCGUGAUUUAUUACUUCGACCUUCGAAUGAAACUGACUCAGAUGCAUCAUCAUUUACAGCUACCAUUAGACGACGUCUUCAUACUCCUGGACCAGCUCCUAGAAGAUUAGCACCUCCAAAUCGAGGACGAAGUCCAGGUUUAUUAUGUGAAACAUCAGAUGCAUCAAUGGAAGCAUUAGAUCAAGAACAGGAUAUUCUGUUAGAUGCUUGUUUACGUGCAAGUACACCAUCUAUCAAUUCUCAUGGAGCAUCAGGACGACGUGUUCCACCAAAAGAUCGUAGAAGACCUACAGAUCGUUCAAGAUUUUCAGUCCGUCGAACUCUUAACAAGAAAUUAGCUGAAGAUGAUAUCAAAGCCAUUGAACGUGUGAUACAAGCAUCAGCAAAAACUUGAAUUAAACAAGUUUUGCUAUCCAAUAAACUAAAAUGUCUGCAUACAUGAAUAAAUGGACAAAUCUGCAUUAAUAUUACAAAACUGUGUUGUAAUGCAUGAAUAACCAUUUUGAAGAUGUCGAUGGAUAAAACGUAUUUUCUUUCUGUAUAUAGAAACAAACCUUUAUCAACUACCUUUUGUGUGAAAUAAUAACAAUCCUCUGAAUAUUGUUGAUUAAAACGAAAUCUUCUUUUCAUUUUAAACUCCAUAAAGUUAUUCCCAUCUUUGUACAUUGAUACAAAUAUACACAUAUACGUAUCACCGAGCAUAUACGAUGUGUGCAUAUGUACCUAAACUUGUUACAGGCAUUGUAAAUCUGGUAACUUACCUUUUUAGGUUAAACCGUUUGUUAUUAACCUAUCCUCAAUUGUAUAAUCAAAGUCUAAAAUUUAUCUCAAGCGAAUUCUAUUUGUAAUUCAAUAGCUUGGCAACAGACAGGAUACCGAAAUACAUCUCUCCAUUACAAGUCUUCUUCAACUCCCCUACUACAAUUACAUUUAUUCAUCACCUAUGUGAUAGUGACGUAAUCCUCCUAAAUGUUUACCUCAAAUUUCUUUUAUUCUACAAGAGUGCAA